AUGCUGAAGAGAACCCGGAAAGUAAAAAAAACCAUUAAUCAGAAAGUGUAUGCACUCACCAAGUGUUCCCCCUCCAAAAACUGGAUUUACCACUUCCUUGAGCAUCAUCCUGAGAUCAAACUUGGUCGGCCAUCAGGACUUGAUCCAAAACGAGCUAAAUUCUUCAACCAGACUGCUGUAAAAAAGCAUUUUGAGUUGGUUGAUCAGAUCAUGAUAGAAUAUAACAUACCUUGGGAAAAUGUCUAUAAUAUGGAUGAGAAAGGGUGCCAGCAAGGAGGGGGACGAGGCCAGAGUCGGAUAAAAUAUCUUAUUUCUUGCAGGGCCAAAAAUCACUACAAAUUUCAUAGUGACAAUCUGGAAUUAGUAACUGUCAUUGAAUGUAUUUGUGCGGAUGGAACAAACUUACAGCCUGGCUUUGUAUUCUCUGGCAAACAGUUUUCUCUGGAAUGGUUUCAAGUGGACUCAAGGAUUUGUGUGUCAAUAUCUCCAAAUGGAUGGACAGAUGACUUCCUUGGUGCUCAGUGGUUCCGACAGUCAUUUAUUCCUCAAGCAACAGCCCAAAACCAGUCAGGAAAACCAAUUCUGUUAACUUUUGGUGGACACAGCUCACAUGCUGUUGACGAGAUCUGUCAGCUUGCUUUGGACAAUAGCAUUCAUUUAUAUUGCUUACCAGCACAUACCACUCAUAAACUACAGCCUCUUGAUGUUGGUACUUUUGGCCCUUUUCAGCACAAGUGGAAAGUAUGGUGUGACACAGUGGUUAAUGAAACAAGGGAGGAAACACCACGGGAAGAUUUUUUGAGAGUGUAUAUGUGA